GAAUUUUUAUAAAUUAUAUCCACCCGUUUCGGUUAGGUUUCUUUUCUGAUUUUUCGAGUAACCGUACAAAAUCACUUUAAAAUUUCUAAAUUUAUUAAAAUUGUUAAUUCUAUUACAAAAGUUUUUUAACCAUGGAUAGGCCCAUCUUUCGAAUGUAGAUCCUGAACACCUGCGAGAUGUAUCCUCGCCGAAGGACAACGGAGUUCUACAAAUCCCCGGAACCGAGAGUCUCGUUCCAAAGUCAACAGGCGGAACAUCCGGCGGAGCUCCUCAACGUAACUCCCGACGAGAAUCGGGAGGCCGCUCGAAGACUUCCUCGCAUCCAGCCAUCAAAUAACUUGGACAGUAUUUACCUGCGAAAUGGGUACUUUUCGUAAAAUAAAUUUGUAUUUUCUGUCUUUUCUA